AUGGAGCGACUUCCUGCCAUUCUAGCUUUUGCUUCCGCAUCACUCAUUCUAGCUCUCAGUUUUGAGAAAUUCGACGCAUUUUAUCGGAAUAAUCCUGUGAAUGGUCCACCAUUUUAUCACCCCAUUCAUCGCCCCAUAAGUGUGUCACCAACUUCGGAUUUGAGAACAAAAUUCAACAUUUACACUCCAGCAAAUCCGGAAAUUCCUCAAAUUCUGAAUGCAAGUAAUGAAUCCAUCUCCAAUACUAUUUUAGACGCCAACUACCCGACGAAAGUUAUCAUUCACGGAUACAACACAGAUCUCAACGAAAAUGAUGCAAGAUUUAUGAUAAAAGAUGAAUUGCUUAGAGAAGGACAGUACAAUGUUAUCAUUGUUAAUUGGACGGAGAACAACAAAUCUCCAUAUUAUCAAGCAGUUGCUAAUGCUCGUGUAGUUGGCGCUCAAGUAGCGAAACUACUGAACUUCCAUGUGGCGAACAGAGGAUUUGAGCCUCAGAAUAUGCAUGUGAUUGGGCAUAGCCUCGGUGGUCAGAUGGCUGGAUGGGUAGGAGAAAGAAUUCCCCUCUUAGGCAGAAUAACAGGUUUAGAUCCAGCUGGUCCUUACUUUCAGGAUGCGGAAAAUGAAGUCAGAUUAGAUACAACUGAUGCAGAUUUUGUUGACAUCAUUCACUCCAACGGAGGGGAUACCAUUGUUGGUGGGGCUCUGGGGUGUAAGGCAGAUGUUUCGGUUAGGUGGUCAGCCUAA